CUCCCCCUUCUCUCUCUCUCUCUCUCUCAAACAAACACACACUUGCGUUUUGCCAAAACCCUUUCCAAUGAUUCCGCCAGGAAUCUCUUUCGAUGUUGAAAAGCUCCUCUUUUUGGCUCUCUCCUUUUUUGCCAUCAUCGUCAUGACCAUCGGCUAUGGCCAUGACCUAGUAGCAGUGCAAAGCAGUAACAACGACAAUGUCGAAAUGAUCCCGGUGAAUGUCGGGGUGAUUCUUGAUCUGGAGACGAGGGUGGGUCUAAUGGGAUUGAGUUGCCUUAACAUGUCUCUCUCUGACUUUUAUAGUUUAAACCCUUCCUCUAAGACGAGGCUUGCCCUCCACGUUAGAGACUCCAAACAAGAUGAGGUUGCUGCCGCUGCUGCGGCACUUGAUUUGAUAAAGAACAAGCAAGUCCAAGCCAUAAUAGGCCCCGAAGGUUCAAUGCAAGUAGACUUCAUCAUUCACCUCGGCAACAUAUCUCACGUGCCCAUCAUCUCUUUUUCUGCUACUAGUCCUUCCCUCGGUUGGAUUCGGAGCACGUACUUCAUUCGUGCCGCGCAGAAUGACUCAGCCCAAGUGAAUGCCAUAAGCGCGAUCGUAGAAGCUUUUGGCUGGAAAGAAGCGGUCCUCAUAUAUGUGGACAACGAGUUCGGAGAAGGCAUCAUACCUUCUCUUAUCGAUGCUUUGGAAGAAGUCGACACACGAGUGCCCUACGGGAGCCUUAUUCAUCCUUCGGCCACGGACGAUCAAAUCCUGCUGGAACUCUACAAGUUAAUGACAAUGCAAAUGAGGGUGUUCAUUGUGCACAUGUUACCUACCCUCGGUUCUCAGCUAUUUGCCAAAGCAAAGGAGGUGGGAAUGAUGACCGAAGGUUAUGUGUGGAUCUUGACUACCGGAAUCACCGACCUAUUGAGUUCUAUGGAUUCAUCCGUUGUCGCUAGUUCAAUGCAAGGAGUAUUGGGCAUCGGGACUUAUAUUCCGGACACGCCAUACCUGGACAACUUCAUGGUCCGAUGGAAGAUGAAAUUCCAACAAGACAAUCCCUCCAUCCUUAAUCCUACAUUGAACAUUUUUGGAUAUUGGGCUUAUGACGCUGUUCGGGCAUUGGCAAUGGUUGUUGAGGAAAUGGGUGCGGCGAAUUUUACCUUCCGGAUGUUGAAGGCCUCCACAAAUGCAACCGAUCUUGACACUAUUGGGGUCUCUCAAAAUGGCCAGAAACUUCUUCAAGGACUAGCCAAUACAACAUUCAUGGGCCUUGCUGGAAAUUUUAGCUUAGUUGAUGGGCAGCUAGAGUCGUCGGCGUUCCAGAUUGUUAAUAUCAACGGAAAUGCAGCAAGAGGGAUCGGGUUUUGGACGCUAGAAAGUGGGCUCCUAAGAGAUUGGAAUUCCUUCAACAUAAGCAAAUAUUCCACUUCAAAGAGUAAUCUCCAAUCAAUAAUAUGGCCAGGAGAUUCGACCUCUAUUCCUAAGGGUUGGGAGAUUCCCACAAAUGGAAAGAGGUUGAAGAUCUUAGUUCCCGUGAAGGUUGGUUUUGAUGAAUUCGUGAAGGUGACUCGAGAUCCUAGCACGAACACAUCCCAAGUCACUGGUUCUUGUAUUGACAUCUUUCAAGCCGUCAUAGAAAAGUUGCCUUAUGCUGUGGCUUACGACCUUAUUCCAUUUGCCUUGCCUAAUGGAAGUAGCGCUGGUUGUUACAAUGACAUGAUUGAUCAAGUAUUUUACCAGAAGUAUGAUGCGGUGGUGGGGGAUACGACGAUUGUUGCGAACGGAUCAUUGUACGUGGCAUUCACCUUACCAUACACCGAAUCGGGGGUUGCGAUGCUCGUGCCAUACAAGCACAACAAGAGCAAGAAUGCUUGGGUUUUCUUAAAGCCACUCACUUGGGAUCUUUGGCUAACAACUGGAUGCUUCUUUGUGUUUAUAGCAUUGGUCGUGUGGAUUCUCGAACAUCGGAUCAAUGAAGAUUUCGGGGGUCCAGCAUCGCAUCAAGUUGGCACAAGCUUCUGGUUUUCGUUUUCAACCAUGGUCUUCGCACAAAGGGAGAGCGUAUUAAGCAACCUAGCGAGAUUUGUUAUGAUCGUGUGGGUUUUCGUCGUGCUUAUACUGACGCAAAGUUAUACGGCAAGCUUGAGCUCUCUUUUGGUGGUACAAAACUUUCAACCAAGCGUGUCUGAUGUGGAUCGGCUCCGAAAGAGUGGAGAAAAAGUGGGAUACCUAGAAGCCUCUUUCGUACAUGAAAUGCUAAAGCAGAUGGAUUUCAAUGAAUCCGGACUUAUAUCUUAUAAGUCUCCUGAAGAAUGCGAUGUGCUUCUUUCGAAUAGAAGUGCAAAGGGUGGGAUCGCAGCGGCAUUUGACGAAGUCCCCUACAUUAAACUCAUUCUUUCUCAAUAUUGCAACAAAUAUACCGUGAUACCGACCUUUAAAACUGCUGGAUUUGGCUUCGUUUUCCCCAAAGGGUCUCCGCUAGUACCAGAUAUUUCGCGAGCAAUCCUCAACAUAACCGAAGGACCGAAAAUGACGGAAAUCGAAAGCGCGUGGCUUACAUCGAAAACCAACUGCCUGGAUUCGACAACCUCGGUUUCUUCCGACAGCUUGGGUCUUGACAGUUUCUGGGCCCUAUUCUUGAUUGCUGGAGCUGCUGCAGUUCUAGCUCUUCUCAUUUUCAUGGUCAUGUUUGUCAAAAAAAAUUGGCCUGAAGUAACAAGUUCUUCAGGUACAUCAUGGGAGAAAAUUGUUGCGUUAGGAAGAAGAUUUUACCAAAGAGACCUCAAUGCUCACACUUUUAGGAAAGGCGGAUUCAGAGAAAGAAGAACGGAUGAUGGUGGCAAUGAGAUUGGAGCUGUUGUCACUUUAGAAAACACUAACUUCCCCCCGAGGCCAUCGAGUGAAUCCAUCCAAAUCAAUGACGUUUUAACCGACGAGCAAGGCACACCAUCUGCAGAACAACGAUUUCUUAAUCGGGUAGACGAAGGGUGCCCAGAGUUAGCAAUAAGUGUCGAGCUUACAAAUGUGAAUCGCGAGAUGUACAUUCCUCGACAACCUUAGGUACUGAACUUUAAUCCUGGACAAGUAGAAAAAUUUGUGCUUUUAGA